GAUCCCUCUUGUUGUCAUCUUGGACUACAGCACGGAGCCGGAUGCGCCGCCAUGCCGACUUUGCAAGCGAAUAGAGUAUUUAUUCACCAACCUGCUUGAGACUAGGCUAUUAGGAGUUGGCCGAGGGGGUCGGCCACACAGUUUAGGGUACAGGGUAGGCUCUUGGCGAAGACAGCCCCCCGAAAAACACCGGCUGUGUUCACUUUGGCGUCUUUGGUCGCGGCGAGCCUUGUAUUGAUGUACGGAGACUUGCGUGUUAGCCGCGCUAGCGUUAGCUCGAGUCGAGAGAGUCGGGUAGUGACAUUACGGCGGGAGGCGGGGAGGGCUGUGAGGUGAGAGACUGUUAUUUUGAUGAUCUAGAGAGGCUUCCAUGUCUGCGCCAGCACUGGAAAGUGAUAGAGAUGUCUGUCGAUGAGGAGACUGUAAAAACUGUCAGCUCCCAGGCCAGCUCAGCUCCAUCCCUGCAGCUCUCAGAAUGUACCGGAGGUUACAACGAUAUUUCCAUAAUGGCAGAGGUUUCCGCGGCCACCCCUGACAGCUCUGAUGUUGCAGCUACCUGUCCUGUGCCAACCACCGUGGCCUCACCGAAUCACACCAGCUCCUCUGAUACUUGCACCCAUCCAGAGAAUGCAGGCCAGAGGGCCAGAGGGAACGAGAAUAACAUAAACCGCAGGAACAACUUGCAUCAUUCCAAACAGCAGCAGCAGCAGCAGCCGAGGCUAACUAAACGUCGCAACACGUCAAGUUCUGGUUUCAAGCAUCCAACAUCCAACAAGAGAAGGCGGAGGGCCAACUCUGAGAGUGACUCUGUCCUGCCCACCAAUUUCCUUCUUGGUGGGAACAUUUUUGACCCGCUGAACCUCAACAGCCUGCUGGAUGAGGAGGUCAACAAGGCGCUGAAUGCAGAGACACCCAAAUCCUCCCCACUGCCAGCCAAAAGUCGAGACCCUGUGGAGAUCCUCAUCCCCAGGGACAUCACUGACCCGCUCAACCUCAACAGCGGGAUAGCAGACAGCAGCUUCUUGGUGUCUCCUUAUAAGAGUGGUGGCAGGAAGAGACACCGCAACAGACAUCAUGGUGGAGGUGGGGGUGGGGGUGGUGGUAUUUCAGCCACACAGCUUGACCUUUCAGAAUCAGGAAAAUGUGAGGUGAAAAUUGGCACCUCCACGCUGCUGUCAGGUGUAUCAGCCUCUUGCUCAGCACUAGAUGCCCCAAAAGGGUCCAGCACCUUCUCCAGUGUCUCAGGGGACUUCCACGAGUGUCAGGAGGCUGACUCAUCCAGCUGCAAGGAAGAGUCGUCUGUAUCUGCUCCCCACACCCAGAGUCGAAGUAUGGAAGACUCCUCUUCUUUCGUAUCUGGGGGAUCAAACCAGCACUCAGGCCGACGCAAACGCAGACGCAACUCUGGUAAGAUGGAGCUCCCUGUGACUCAUUCGACCCCCAUUGGGAAGCCAGGAUCCGGAGACAGGACUUGUGGCGCAGGGGCGUCGAGAAGCUCUCAGUCCUUCCACACACCGAGGAGUGGUCCCAGAACUGGGCCAGGAGGACGCCAGCAGCAGCCCCACAACCAGCAGAAGGACCAGCAGAGGAAGAAGUUCCAGUAUGGGAACUACAACAAGUAUUAUGGCUACCGCAACCCAGGCGCCAGUGAAGACCCGCGGGUACGUGUGUUUCGUCCAGAAUGGUUUCAGGGUAAAGACGUACUGGAUUUGGGAUGCAACUCGGGCCAUCUAACUCUAUAUAUUGCCAAAAUGCUAAGACCUGCCCGCAUAUUGGGUCUGGAUAUUGACAGUGAUCUGGUACAUGCUGCCCGAAAGAACAUCAGACAUUAUCUGUCUGAGCUGCAGACCCAGGAGGCCAGACGUGCAAUGCAGGAAGAAAAGAGCACUAAACAGGAGGAGAGGAAUGGAAAUGAGAGUUGCACAGGCAGAGAAAAGAAGCACAAUGAAGCAGAGAGUGUGGAUGAAAAUGGGAAACCAGUGAAAGGAGAGAGCUGCCCUGUGGAGGCUGUAAAUGACAAUGUCUCCUGUCACAUAGAUGAGGCAGGGACCCAGGGGCAGGACAGCACAACAGAGGAAAUGGAGCAGGAAGACUGUGAUUUGCCCCCUGCUGAUCACCCUGUGAGCUGCUCUUUUCCUGUGUCCCUACGGAUCUCCAGGGGGCCCAUAGCAGCACCUCCACUCACAGAAACCUCUACUGUACGGUCCGGAGAGUUCCCCUCCAAUGUGUCCUUCAUCAAGGCCAAUUACGUCCUAGAGAACGAUAAUCUGCUGUUGACUCAGCGGCCAGAGUAUGACGUCAUCCUGUGUCUGAGCGUCACCAAAUGGGUUCACCUGAACUGGGGAGACAGUGGCCUCAAGCGGCUCUUCCACCGAGUCUACAGACAUCUCCGUCCUGGAGGCCUGUUCGUCCUGGAGCCGCAGCCGUGGGAGUCCUACGCCAGGAGGAGAAAACUGACUGACAAUAUUUGCAGGAAUUAUCACAGCAUCCGCCUCAAACCUGACCAGUUUUCGGCAUACCUUACAAAUGAAGUGGGCUUCUCCAGUUAUGAGUUAGUUGGGACCCCCAAGUGUUCGUUAAGAGGUUUUCAGAGGCCAAUCUACUUAUUUCACAAAUGACCACUCCUGCCUUGAAGAUCGUUGAAUGUGAGAAGCCUCGUCCAUAUGGAGAAGGAAGCCAGCCGCCCCGGACUGCAAGGAGUCAUCUGAAGCCAAAACUGUAGUCGAGGUGCUCAUCCAGUCAUCUCCCUGGACUAUCCUAGCGCUAAUGACCCCCAACCUGAUGCACGACCAUGAUGUGUUUGAAUACCGUUGGCCAUAUGUCUUUACUUUUAUAACAAUAUUACGUGCCACAACACCACCCAUGAGUUGUAUUUUUCGUUUUGUCAUUAUUUUGUGAAAUAGGCCUAAUAGCUGAACGAACUCUAGUCACUUCAAGAGCUAAGUCAAAAUUUUAAAAAAUCAAACUUCAUGAGGACAAUUUGAAAUCUCUCUUAAACUGCACAAGCUUACGGGCCCUAUGAAGAGAUUUUGAAGUGGUUAAGGAGAUGAUGCGGAUGAGAAAUGUGCACUCCAAACAGCCCAUUCUUUUUGUAAACAUACUGUGAAAUGCUGAAUGCUCACCCUGCGCUCUGCUCAAGUGCCGGGGGCAUAUUUCCAAGUUAAUUUCUAUUUUUUUCCCUCUAUCAAAGUCACAUUACUCCCAAAGUGGAACUCAUAGUGCAGUUUAAGACAAAGUCACCGUGAUAGAUGGGAAGGAGUUUUAUAAGGAUGGUGUUGGGAAAAGUGGCGGGCCAAUGGUCAGAUCUGAUUCUGAGCUCCUCAAAUACUGUAAUGACAAAUGAGUUAGCAGUAACAGAAUAUUGUUAUAAUCCAUCAGGUUUUAUUGUACUUGCCGAAACUUCAAGUCAGCGUUUUUUGUUUUGUUUUUGAAGGCAAAUUGUCAGAGCUUUUGAAUAGGCCUGCUGAAAAAAAGUACCUAGUGUAGCACCUCUAAAUGUUAACGCCCUCAAGUACAGGAUGCACCUUCCAAUUUUUACGUUUUGGAUUUUUAGAGAAAAGUAUUUUGAGCACAGUCUCUCUGGCCUGUGUCAUUUCCGUGUAUCCGUUUAGAGUUCAAAAUGAACAGUUCAGAAAGUAACAAAUCGCUUUAUGGGCCAUUUAGGCCUUCCUGACCCCCCCAUCCGUACAAUUGGGUGCGAACAUGAGCUGUGUCGACGCCAAAGUGAUCGCUCAGAUUAGGAUCAUUCAGUGCAGCGUGACCGACGGGACUAUUUUGCAUUGCAUUGUACAUCGGUAGCGUACAGUAAACUCUCUAUGACUGAAGCCAUAGCUCUGUCUUACAUGUUUAUACAACAGCCUCCCAGAGGUGCUGAUUGAGGAAAUAAUUUGUAAAUUUAAAGUAGCGAAUACUUAUUAUUAGCAAGUUGGUACAGUACCUUCUUUGCUGUAUAAAUCUGACAUGUUCAUUGUUGUAUGUGGUCUAAAAUUGCAUCGAUGAGCUUUUCAUAUCAGUACUGAGCAGGCACAAAUUAAAACUGCAUCAGACUCACUAGAGGUGCUCCAGCUCUUUUCUAUCUUCUCAAUUAGAUCAACUUGUUCUUAAAAGUUGAAGGAAAGCAUAUGGAAAAUAAGUUAUUCCUAAAACAAUUGACUUGUACAUACUCUAGUUUUUACCAAAUGGUUAUUGAUAUACCCUUUGUAAUGAAGCUCCUAUAAAAGAGUUAUUAAUCUUUCACUCUUGUAUUUGAAAACUUGCCAAUAUGAAGUGUGUCUGUGGCCCAACAAGGAAAACAGGAGUGAGAGGUCGCUUUCUGUUGUCGUAUCCUGAUUGGUGCACCCGUACAUUCACACCUUUCUUUCUGAGUUGCUGGGACAGAAAAGCAUUUUUGGUGACUGGUUCAACUACAACUUUUCUCAUACUGGGAGGGGAGAUGAUGAUUUCAGAUAUGAGGAGUGGCACGCUUCUUUUUCAGUAAGAAAGGUUUCAGUUUUUUGUUGUCAAUAUUACGUUCACAACUGGUUUUUGUCACUUUUCAGUGGAAAAUUGUCUUGUUUUCAGACAUUUGUUCAAAAGUUUUUGUCCUAAAAUGGAUCGCUAAUCCAGCUCUCUGUAACAACAAAUGAAUAUAUACAUUGCAAAUUUCUGCUAUGUCUAUUUUCUCCUGGCAGGCGGAUAGAUGUUAGAUGAACUCCUUUCUUUCUGCUUUUUCUCUUUUUUCCAACGGGAAGGUAUCAGUUCACUUUUAAUUUGUCUUUUCUCUAAAUAGAAAUAUCUAAAAUUGAAUCUUUUUUCCAUUUAACUAUAUAAAAUGCAGUUUCAGGUUACGUUGUGAUUGAAAAGUGAAUUGGCUUCAUCCUCAGUCGGUCCGUUAGGCAGAGGGCACCAAAUCACACACCGUUCUCUUAAGCUAAGACAAUCUGACUCUCAGGCUCGGAUCAACCCACUGCUGUAAUUUCAAGGGCAUUUUUUUCCCUUUUUUUUUUUUUUUUUUUUGCAAAAUUGAGAAAGCAUUUUGUUCUUCUUGCAGGUCACAUGAUAACCAUUUUCUUCGGGAAGCAAAUUUGUUUGAAACUGUUGUGUGCUGUAGUGCUUUGCCACCUCUGUUUAGGAUCGCAGCUUACCGUCUCAGCAGUGGUGUCAUAUAAAUUUGAACCCAAUGGGCCUGACUUGUGUGUUCAGGUAGGCUGUUUCCAAGCUAAAGCAGGUCUUCGCUGGAGAUGUGAUAUUACAUGUUGUCAUAUAAUUCACCUCUUCAUGUUGAAUUUGCACUGAUAUGACUUGAGGGAAUUAAUAGUUUAGUAAAAAAAAACAAAAACAAAACAAAACAAACAAACAAAAAAAACAAAAAAACAAUUUUGCAGUUAAAGUCAAUGUUUUACAUGUACCUUAACCUGCUAGUCUCAGUUUUCUGGAAAAACUGUUGGAAUAAAAUACCCUCUCUGUCAGGGAAGCUUUUAAUUUUCAUGCCUCUGAACAACAAGAUAUAUCUGAAUGUUUCUCUGUGUUUAACAUUUUAAUUGAUUAAAAAGUGGUACCUGU